CUUCUUAUAUCCUGUUAUAUCCAGCUAUGGCCGUUCAAAACGCAACUGAUAAGAAAAUUACACUGAAUGGAAUUUAUCAGUAUAUUAUGGACAGAUUUCCUUAUUAUAGAGACAACAAGCAAGGUUGGCAAAAUUCAAUUCGUCAUAAUUUGAGUUUAAAUGAAUGUUUUGUAAAAGUGCCACGAGACGACAAGAAACCUGGCAAAGGAAGUUAUUGGACGCUAGACCCAGACUCCUAUAAUAUGUUCGAUAAUGGAUCAUUUUUGCGACGACGACGACGUUUUAAGAAGAAAGAUGCACUUAAAGAGAAAGAAGAUCAAAUCAAAAGACAAACCAUGAUGCUCGAUGACAAAAUGACAGACAUCAAGCCAAUUAAGCUUAUGUCAUCUUCGACGAUGUUAGACACAAAACAGUUUACACAUCAACUGAAACGUGAGCCAGGAAUCGAUUUAACUCAAUGUAUGGCAAAAGAUGGACUGUCAGGAGCGACGAUUAUAAAUACGUGCCAUGACUCGCUAGCAUCUCAGAUGAAUCAUUUACAAGGCGGUGAACAUAACUUUACAGUAGACUCACUAAUGAAUGCUUAUAAUCCGCGAUUACAUCCGUCAUCUUAUGCAUAUCAUUUUAAUGAUGAGAAUAUUAUGAAUCCAUCGGCAGCUCAACUUCGACAUCACCCGACUGCUGCAUCUUCAGUUCAUAGUUGGUAUGCACCAAGUGCACCAGAUACACCACCCGAUUCAAUAAAUGGAAAUAAUACAUCGGGUGGAAGUAGCUCAGCUAAUAUUGCCAAUAGUGUUCUCUCACUUCCUCCAACAUCCACUUCAUCGAAUAAUAUCAGCUCCAACAACUCGGGUGGCUUUAGAAAUAUGUUAUUUGAUCAUAAUCAUAAUCAAAACAACUGUCAUAUGGAAACCGGAAGUAGUCCAACGAACAGCAUCAAUUCAUCAAGUCCACCCAUCACAAAUGUUCCUCCAUCAUCUGUUAAUCAUCAUCAUCAUUUGAGUCCAAAGUGGAAUGGAAAUGUGACGAGUAAUAUGAGUCAUCAUCAUUAUAGACAGCAUCAUCACUAUCCAUUACAUAGUUAUGGUUAUCAAGAUUGUGGAAUUAAGUAUGGAGUUUAAAAUAAUUAAAAAAAUUAGCAAGUGAAGUUACAAGUAAAUUAUGAGAGUGACAAGGUUUUUUUUUUGUGGAAAUACUAAAAAUGUCUAGCUCCAUAUAGUUGUGAAUCGAAGCUUCAAACAAUUUAGAGUGAGAAAAUUUAAAUUAAUGCA